ACAAUCAGCAAAAGAAUUGACAGACUCUCACUUGAACCUUGUCUCCCUCGACUGCUUUUCGUGGUCGCGCCAGAUCCAUCCCCGUGCUCGAGCAGAUACGUGCGUGAUUGGAGGACCUCGUUGCCGUCAAUAGGCUUCUUUUUCCGCGUGUUGUUCUCAAGCGGAAUUCGCUGUUCCACCGCAUCUGUUGCGCCUCACUUCCUUGCGCGAGAUCAACCAGCUUCAAUUGCACCACCUCGUGUUCGGACCCAACGUCGAUCUGCCAUCCUCAAGCUUUUUGCAUUGCCCAUACCAUUUGAAACAGAAUUCGAUUUCGACAGUACCCCUCACGAUGCGGAGAGGCGUGUUAAUCUUCAUCCUCGUCAACCUCCUUAUUCUCUCCUUCCUAGUCCGCAGUGUUUUCACUCUGCUAUCCUUGCUCGUGGAAGAUGCCUCGGCCGAUGCAAUCCACCGCGCGGAGCUUCCCUCGCCGAACUCGAGCUUGAUCGAGCAGCGCCCGCAGGUCAUUCCCAAGAUUAUCCACCAAACUUACAAGAACGAAACAAUCCCCGAAGUGUGGAGGGAGGCCCAGCAAAGCUGCAUUGAUCUACAUCCAGACUACGAAUACAUUCUUUGGACCAACGAGAAGGCACGUGAUUUCAUCGCCAAUGAAUACCCGUGGUUCCUCGACACUUUCGACGGCUACAAGUACCCUAUUCAGCGCGCGGACUCCAUCCGUUAUUUUGUGUUGGCGCAUUAUGGCGGAACUUACAUCGAUCUUGAUGACGGCUGUAACCGUCGCCUUGACCCUUUGCUCGCAUAUCCCGCCUGGGUGCGUCGCACCGUGCCGACGGGUAUCUCCAAUGACGCCAUGGGCUCCGUUCCCCAGCAUCCAUUCUUUCUGCGCGUGAUCGAAUUGCUGCAAUCCUACGAUCGCAGCUGGUUGUUGCCAUACAUCACGGUUAUGUACUCGACCGGCCCUCUGUUCCUCUCGGUGAUCUGGAAGGAAUACAUGCAGGAAAUGCCGAGCGAGGCAUCUCGAGUCCGGAUUCUCAUGCAGGAGGAAUACAACAAGUACUCGUGGAGCUUCUUUACCCACCACGUUGGCAACAGCUGGCAUGGUAAGGAUGCCCGGUUGAUCUUUUGGAUGGGUCAGCACUGGGUUUUCCUCACAUUCUGCGGCUUCUUUCUCGCUGGCGCCGUGGGAUUCUGCCUGUGGUGGAGCUACGGCCGAAUGAUGCUCUUGAGCUCCAAGUAUCGCUACCGAUACUCCAAAGUGCCGGCCUUCCUGACAGUGCCCGGGCUCUCGUCCCCUUCGCGCCGGUCUCGACGGGCGAUGCCCACGCUGCUUCGUCGAGUCAGCUUCAAAGAAGACGAAGAAGCGGGACCCACCGAAACAUCUUACGAACUUUACAGCCGACGUGACUAAGCGGAGUCUAUCGUCGUGUUUGUUGUACUUGUGUGUAUUUUUGCUUUUCUUUUCUCUGGCUUUGAAACGACUUUAGACCCAAUCCGUUUGUCGGCUUGUUUUCCUCGGACAUCCCACGCGGGGCUGUCUCUGUUUUCGCCCGAGAUUCUGUUUCAAUCUGGUGUGCAUGUAAGGAGUUUUUGGGAACCCGAUUUUGACCGCAGCGCUUCUGGGGAGCAACUGGUUGCUUUGAGCAUGUUCUUGACAAAAUACCUUUGAUCUGUAUGGGAGGUGGCCGGCGAGGCAUCACUUUCCCAAUCUU